UACAGUAUGGAGAUAUAUUAGUAAUCAAUGUAACCACUAAUAGUAAUCCAAUGUAUUAUCAACAAUACAAUGGACCAUUGAAUUAUCAGCUUGAUAGCAGUAAUAGAUUAAUACCCUUGGAACAUAAUGACUAUCCACUGAUAUCAGUUGUAGUAGAUCCAAGUCCAUUUAUACCAGGAAUGUCCUCUACUAUCAUUACUACUGAUACUAUCCAUACACAAUCAACAUGCUUCCUCACUCCAGAUACUACUACAAUAACAUCAACUACUAAUGUGAGCAUACCAUCCACUACCUCACUGGAUUCUACAUCCUCAUCAUCCUUGACCAGUUCCCCCACACUAAUGACACCAACUUCAAUAAACAAUACACUUCACAUCACAAGCACACACUCUCAAUUAUCAAACACUCUCUCUUCAACUCUUUCUGUUACUAGUCCUCCUACUCCAUCAAUCAGUGAUGGUACAGUUAGCCCUCCUCCUCCCAUUGUAUCAACCAUCAGUAGUACAUCAGCUACUGAUAGUUCAACCAGUAAUCCAUCAGUUACACUAUCCACUGAAGGUACACUUCAAAGCACAGGGAGUAAUACACUAGCAGCAGUACUUAGUACAUUAUUUAUAUUACUGGUAGUUACUAUACUAGCAAUAUUAAUAGUGAGUGUAUUAGUGUAUAAAAGACGACACCAAAAGCUAUCAUCAAGAGGUAAUUCUCCAAUGGAUACACGUUCAACUGAGACAGAACUGAACAAUAUGUCUAAUCCUACCUACCAACCACAAGAUAUGGGUCCAAUUUUAUAUGAAGAAGCAAAGCCAGUAAUGAAUGGGAUAGAAUCAGUGUACAGUGAGACAAUGGCUACCAAUAAUCAUUAUGAAGCUGCUACAGGUGUCAGUCCAAUGCCAGCUUUGUAUGAAGAACCAAUAAUAACUAUGAAAGAACAACAUGAAACUAUUUGUCAAGUUGAAAAUGAAACUUACAAUUUAUUAGCAGAAACACUUUACGUUCCCACAGCAAAUGACCGUUUGGGUGGAGGAAUGCAGCAACAAGACAUUUAUUCCACAUUGAUGAAUAAGCAGUACUCCUCUACAUAUUCAAGACUUGAUCAUACUGGUGGUAAUGGAUUCUUUAUAGAAGAUACUGAAAUGGAGUACUUGUCAAGAAAGAAGUUUGUUCACAGAGAUCUUGCAGCAAGAAAUAUAUUAGUAUCAGAUGAAGGAACAGGAAUAUGCAAGAUUGCGGACUUUGGUAUGUCAAGGGAUCUAAAAGAUGAAUCUUAUUAUAUUUCACAAUCAAAAAAGAUUCCAAUAAAAUGGACAGCACCAGAAGCAUUACAUUAUAAGAAAUAUUCCAGUGCUAGUGAUGUGUGGAGCUAUGGAACUGUAAUGUAUGAGAUUUGGUCAAUAGGACAUAAACCAUUUGAAAGCUCUACUAAUCAAGAAUGCAUUAGACUGGUUGAUUCAGGCUAUAGAUUACCACCUCCUCCAGGAUGUCCUAAACCAAUGUAUAAACUAAUGAUGCAAUGCUGGAAUCCUGAUACUCAUAAUCGUCCAAGUUUCUCAGAUAUAUCAUCAAGUCUAUCCUCACCUGAUAAACAAUUACUAAUGAUUAAUAAAGAGGAUCCUGUUACUGUACUGGGCGGAGCUUUAGAAGCAAGCCACUCCCUCUACACCGACUUACAGUACAUGUACAAGAACUGAUUGAUUGUGUAGCCAGUUUAUAUACCUGUACAUUGUGUUAAAUAGUUUGAUUUCUGUACAUUGUAA